AGCCUGAAAAGCCACUGAGGGCUCUAGGGCUCCUCCUUUACCCGUCCGCCCAGAUGAUAGAGAACUUGCUCGGCACCUUCCUGGCGCUACAGCAAAGAUCUUGAAAACAUCUGUAUGGAUUAUUUCAUUACAACGCCACGAUGCUUAGACUUGAGUCACUUCCAGAUCCCACAGACACUUGGGAAAUUAUAGAGACCAUAGGCAAGGGAACCUAUGGUAAGGUCUAUAAGGUAACUAAUAAGAAAGAUGGCAGCCUGGCCGCAGUGAAAAUUCUGGAUCCAAUUAGUGAUAUGGAUGAAGAGAUUGAGGCAGAAUACAACAUAUUGCAGUUUCUUCCUAAUCAUCCCAACGUUGUAAAGUUUUAUGGAAUGUUUUACAGAGCAGAUCACUGUGUAGGAGGACAGCUGUGGUUAGUCCUGGAGCUAUGUAAUGGAGGCUCCGUCACUGAGCUUGUCAAAAGUUUGCUACGGUGUGGCCAGCGGAUGGAUGAAGCAAUGAUCUCAUACAUCUUGUACGGGGCCCUCUUGGGUCUUCAGCAUUUGCACAACAACCAAAUCAUCCACCGUGAUGUCAAGGGGAAUAACAUUCUUCUGACAACAGAAGGAGGAGUUAAGCUCGUUGACUUUGGGGUCUCUGCUCAACUUACCAGCACACGUCUACGGAGAAACACAUCUGUUGGCACCCCAUUCUGGAUGGCCCCUGAGGUCAUUGCUUGUGAGCAGCAGUAUGACUCUUCCUAUGACGCGCGCUGUGACGUCUGGUCAUUGGGGAUUACAGCUAUCGAAUUGGGGGAUGGAGACCCUCCCCUCUUUGACAUGCAUCCCGUGAAAACGCUUUUUAAGAUUCCAAGUUGGAUUCUUUCUUGAGUAUCUGAGAAAUUUUGAG